AAGGGAGGGACAUCCCAAGGAUUCCAGAUAGCGCUAACAAAAUUAGACACCGGCAAUUUCCCACAAUCCUUUUCAUCAGUAGAGUGACCUCUGGUGCUGUUGUUGUGCAAAAAUUUCGGAGCAGGCUAACCAACACAAACCAGCAGCAAAAUGGUCCCUCCAGUGGCAGUGUCACCGCUUAUUAAGACCGCAAGGUACUCAGCGUUGUUAGCUGGUAUAGUAUUUGGCAAGAGGAGAUAUGAUGAACUAAAGCCUAUUGCUGCAGAGGAACGAAGGAUUGAGGAAGAGGAGAAGAAGGUUCGUGAAGAACAAGAGAAAAUUGCCAAGGCGCUAGCAGAAGCCAGUGAAGAGUCGAUUUUGAAAUGAGCUGGCACUGGGAGAAGUUACUGUGAAGCUCUUCACACUGCUCCUGUAUUUUUCCACUCUUAUUUUCCUGGAUAUACUUGGUCCAAAACUCUCCAGCACAGUUAUUUUACUGACGUGUGCACUCUAACCGAUAAACCCUCACUUGGUCUGGAGACCAAAUCUAUUUUUUUGUAGUCAUUUACAUGGCAUAUAAAAUAAUGGCUUGCUAUUUGGAUUCAACUGUAAUAUCACAAAUGCAGUAUUGUAAGUAAAGUUAAAUGUUUGUACCCUUGUUACACACCCUCAUGACAAUGUCAUACAUACUACUUGAUAAAUAAAUGGUAAAUAUUUAUUCUGUCUUUGAAUCAUCAUUCUUUCAUCCUUUCUCCAUUUUCCUUGCACUUGCUUCAAUAACUUAUUUUUUUGUCACACUUCCUUUGUUUUUGAGUAAUGGAUAUGCUAUUAUGGAUCCCCCCCCCCCCCCCUAGUCUACACUAUGAAGCGUCAUUCAUCAACCAUCAACUCUAAUAUUUGUUCUUUCUAAUCUUCUGGACAUUAAAACUGAAGCUACAUGAAACAAACAUUAUUACAUGAAACAAGAUCGUACUGUUCUGUGUCAUGGCCAUGCACGUAAAUGGGACGACUGUGGUCUGCUGUCAUGACUGGAGUGGAGCAGACCCUUGACCAGGCACUGUGUUGUCAUGGCCGAAAGCCAAAGGUGCCAAGACGCAGUCAUUCAAGCUCAUCCCCAGGCAACAAUGACAGAAGUGGUUAAUAAUAUAAAAAGACAAAAGCUUUAUUUGUCAACUAUUUAUAUUAUCUAUAGUGUACAGUAUAUAUUAGCAAGGGAUGAUCCAAUGAAUGGCCUUGCUCACUGAAAUAAUUUUCAGAAAUGACACUUAUGCACCCAUUUCACCUGGCGUCAACCCUCUUGUAAUGUGCUUCAGCGGUCUGUCCAAGAACAUUUUGUCUGGGAUUACAAACUGGUGCAACAGAUCAUGUUACUUAACCCAGGGGCAUUAACAGUCCCACGUGGACUGUUAAUUUCAUAAAGCAUGUAUUCUUACAAUUGAAUAAUUGUUUACUCUUCAACUGCCUGAACUUGAUAUCCAAUCCCUAAUUAUUAAUCAUUAUUCAAUGAAUAUGUUACCAACUGAUAAGACAUGCAUGUAAUUUAUUUCCAUUUAAUUUCCAUGUCACUAAAGAACUAAUACCUUGGUGUUGCCAUGCCCAUAUGUAAACAGUACUUUGGCUUGGCUAAGGUAAACUAAUUCCCUAGAUGUGCUUUCUCUGUGUUUAGACUAGAAAAUACCCUUGCUACAAUUACAUAAAGCCAUUUCAUUGUGUAUGGGAGAGUGCAACAGUUUUUGGGUAGGAUUUUGUUAACUGGAUUAGUAAUAGAUUAAGAUUUAACCCUCCACUUAGGACCAAGAUGUGAAAAUAAUCAGUGAGCUCGUCUGUGCCUUGUGUAUAUAAGGAUCCUAGACAGAAGAGAAAUGCAUACCUGCAACUUCAUUGAAGCUUAACCUCUUGCUUUGUUCCUGAAAAGGUACGUUUUAGCUAUUUUUCAUGGGAAUGUUAAAAUGUUGCUGUGAAUAUUUUUAUGUUAUGGGCUUUUUAUAAAAAUGUAGUUACCAAUUGAGAGGACCAGCUAUUGUGCUUUAUCAAAAUAUUGAUUUGUUUUUAUUACAUAUGAAGUUAUACUUAUGGAAUUUCUCCUCUAGAAAUGGACUUCCAUAUGCUGGCCCUUGUGGUGGUGCUCCUGGCGGGUCUGGAGCAGAGUUGGGCUGCCUCCUGUGUGGUGGACAGCUUCAAUGUCAAGGAGGACUUUGACCCCAAGAGAUACGCAGGGAAGUGGUACGCUCUGCAGAAGAAGGACCCUGAGGGACUGUUCCUCCAGGACAACAUCUCAGCUGAGUACACGAUCGGUGACGACGGCUCCAUGGUCGCCUCCUCCAAGGGACGUGUCACACUUUUUGGAUUCUGGGUUGUGUGCGCUGACAUGGCUGCCCAGUACACUGUGCCAGACUCUGCCAACCCUGGAAAGAUGUUCAUGAACUACCAGGGCCUGGCCAGCUAUCUGUCCAGCGGAGGUGACAACUACUGGGUGAUUGACACCGACUAUGACAACUAUGCCAUCACAUAUGCCUGCCGUACCCUGAAGGACGAUGGAAGCUGUGAGGAUGGAUACUCCCUGAUAUUCUCCCGUAACCCCCGUGGCCUGCCACCAGCCAUCCAGAGGAGCAUUCGCGCCAAGCAGGAAGAGAUCUGCAUGGCCGGACAAUUUGAGCCCGUGCUGCAGUCUGGAGCUUGCUGAAUGUCUACUAUGAAGGAACUUGUGCUGCCAAGGGAUCCCUACAACGUGCUGGCUUGGACAGAGAUAUUUACUGAUGACUGAAGAGGGAAAUCGCAUAACAUUUUUUUUCUAUAAAUUAUAUUAUGCCCCUCAUGUACAGUACCAGUCAAAAGUUUGGACACCUACUUUAUUUUCUACAUUGUAGAAGACAUCAAAACUAUGAAAUAGCACAUAUGGAAUCAUAUAGUAACCAAAAAAUGUUAAACAAAUCAAAAUAUAUUGAAUGGAAAAGCAUUCCAAGUGAAG